AUGCUACUGAGCCAAAAUAACCAAAUUAUCUUGCAGCACAAUUUUGACAUUUCAUUAACAAAUGUAAUUUUCUGCUAUUUUCUCCAUUCCUUCACUCCCUUAUUUUCUCCAUUCCUUCACUCCCUUAUUUUCUCCAUUCCUUCACUCCCUUAUUUUCUCCAUUCCUUCACUCCCUUAUUUUCUCCAUUCCUUCACUCCCUUAUUUUCUCCAUUCCUUCACUCCCUUAUUUUCUCCAUUCCUUCACUCCCUUAUUUUCUCCAUUCCUUCACUCCCUUAUUUUCUCCAUUCCUUCACUCCCUUAUUUUCUCCAUUCCUUAUUUAUUUUCUCCAUUCCUUCUCCCUUAUUUUCUCCAUUCCUUCCUCCUUAUUUUCUCCAUUCCUUCACUCCUUUCCAUUCCUUUCUCCUUAUUUUCUCCAUUCCUUUCCCUUAUUUUCUCCAUUCCUUUAUUUUUCUCCAUUCCUUCACUCCCUUAUUUUCUCCAUUCCUUCACUCCUUAUUUUCUCCAUUCCUUCACUCCCUUAUUUUCUCCAUUCCUUCAUUCCUUCCCUUAUUUUCUCCAUUCCUUCACUCCCUUAUUUUCUCCAUUCCUUUCCUUAUUUUUCCAUUCCUUCUCUUUAUUUUCUCCAUUCCUUCACUCCCUUAUUUUUCCAUUCCUUUUUUCUCCAUUCCUUCACUCCCUUAUUUUCUCCAUUCCUUCACUCCUUAUUUUCUCCAUUCCUUCACUCCCUUAUUUUUCCAUUUUCCUUUAUUUUUCCAUUCCUUCACUCCCUUAUUUUCUCCAUUCCUUCACUCCUUAUUUUCUCCAUUCCUUCACUCCCUUAUUUUCUCCAUUCCUUCACUCCCUUAUUUUCUCCAUUCCUUCACUCCUUUAUUUCAUACUGGAACACAAGGCUGGCAUGAUUUAAUGUAUGAUAAUAUUACUGAACAUCCCAGUACAAUCAACAUCAUAGAAAGAAUGAAUAUCCACCAAGAGAUAUUGCUGGCAUCUAUUUAUAAAAGCUUUUCCUUUAUUCAACAUUCAUUUCAGCCCAUUUAUUUCUACAUCAACACUAUUUUUACUCUUCAUGCCAUGUUAGUGGGUUGUCUUUUUCUCCUCACUUGGAUGCUGAGUAAUUCCUGGUUGGCUGGCAUUCUUACAUCUUGUUUUUACAUCUUCAACAGGAUGGAUACAACACGGGUAGAAUAUGUGAUACCUUUGCGAGAGAGUUUCUCUCUUCCAUUUUUGUGGCUACAACUGGUAGCUAUUUCAUACUAUUUGCGAGACAAAACCAAUCCAGUUGCCACUAAACUUUCUAUUGCUGUGAUUGCACUUAGUACAUUUGCCUUCACACUAUUCUGGCAAUUUAGCCAAUUCAUUCUCCUGCUACAGGCCUUUUCAUUAUUUGGUGUUUGGAUACUUGAUGUCGUCCCCUCUUCAAAGAUAAAGCCAAUAUUAAUAAUGCAGGCAGGUUCUAUUCUCUUUGUGUGCAUCCUGCAGUUCACCAACAAAAUGUUACUUGGUUCCCUUGUCCUCAGUUUUAAUAUUUCAUUUUGGCUGUUGAUUUUAUUUAGGGGCAAUUCUAUGCAUUCAAAAAAUAUUUUUCUUCAAUUGUUGAGAGUGACUGUUUACAGUGUUGCAGUCUUGACACUGAUGGUAGUCGUUAAUACAUUAAUUAAGUUCCUUAUUGGGUUGGAAGCAGACGAACAUAUAUUCAAAUUUGUUCAGAGCAAAUUUGGUUUCGGUUAUUCCAGAGACUUUGACUCCAGACUUUAUUUGUGUAAUGGUGCUUUUGGUUUCCUGGAAUGGGAAACCUUUCUUCGUCUGAGUCGAGGUUUUGUGUUUCCUGUGUAUGCUGUAAGUCAUGCAGUUCUUAUAUAUCUGCUGGCUCUGACCUGCUUCAAAUAUUGGAGCAUGAGCCCAAAUUCAAACAUAACACGAAAUCGAAGUUUGCUAAGAUCUCGACCUGAUAUGGCCUUUCACAUAGUGCAAGCUGCUUUCUUUGGAUGCCUGGCCAUGAGCACAUUACGGAUGAAGUACUUAUGGACCCCCUACAUGUGCAUUUUGGCUAGUGUUGGUCUUGCAGACUAUAGCUUCUGGAAAACUCUCAUUUCAAAAUUCUCCAAUCGAGAAUCAAUUAUAUUUCUUUUACGCCAUCUUGUCACAGGAGUUGUUCUUGCCUCAGUUUUAAUCACUUUUUUGCCUGGUGUCUACAGAGAAUUAGAAGAUUUGAAAGAAUUUUGGGAUCCUGAUACAGUUGAACUGAUGGAAUGGAUUAAAACCAAUACAUCAUCUACAGCUGCCUUCAGUGGUAGCAUGCAGUUGUUAGCAGGUGUGAAGCUUUGUACAGGUCGGCCCAUCACCAACCAUCCCCACUAUGAACACAAAGGCCUUCGAUACAAGACAAAAGAGAUUUACCAAAUAUAUGGCCGGAAACCCCCUGCUGAAGUAUAUUCGAUCUUAAAAAACUAUAGAACAAAUUACAUAAUUUUGGAGGAUAGUAUUUGUCUGUCUGCCUCUCGGGAGGGUUGCCGCACACCUGAUCUUGUUGAUGUAGCUAAUGGAGAAAUUCCAGAGUUUGGGGAAAAAGAACCUGGUUUAGUCCAAAAUACACAUCCAAGAUUCUGCCAUGAAAUUCGUUAUGGAAAUGAAAAUUAUGCCAAAUAUUUCCGGCUUGUUUUUGAAAAUCGGACAUUUCGUGUGUAUAAACUGUUGUGA